AACGUCAUAAAACUGUCAAAUUUCAGUCAUUUUUAGUGAAUUAUAUUUUUUGUCAUGCCCGGCACCAAAUCACAAUGUACCCGUUUUUAUUAUCGCUAGUUUUAGUGGGCCCGACUAACAAUAAAGAAAAUGAAUCCGAUUAUUGGGAAAUUGACGAAAAUAUUUCUGACCAGAUAGUGUCCAACCGUUUACACAAUGAACCACCGAGCGAAUCGCUCUUAUCAGUCCUAGACGACAAGAAUAAACUAAUUUCUGAUCUCAAGAAACAACUACAUAACCAAAAAGUGCAGCUGACCUAUUAUUUUAGGCGGGAACUGAACCAGGACAAGAUACAGCAACUCUCCGAAUCAUGUAGUCCCGAGGCGUCCGAGGAAAGUUUACCGUUAAAUCUUGCCCUAAAUAAAUUUUGCAAACAGGCCGGAAUCAAGACGAAGCUGAGCGUUUUACACGAACGUAUGAAUAACAUCGAGUCAAGAAUUUCAAAUACCCUUAGGGAUCAGGAAUAUUUAAUCCGGAAAAUCGUUUAUAAAUUAUGCGAGAAAAUCAAACUGCAAGACAUGCUCGGGUUCGAAGGGUUCCUAUCAGACCCUUAUCAUAUCAAUUUAUUCGAUAAACUAUUGUCGGCCACUUUAACCUUAAGGAGACAGUUAGACUCAUUUAAAAUAUGCUCCGAAAGGGUCUUGAUUGUUGAGGAAGAGAGAAAUUCUAUCGUGGAGCAGGUGUAUUCUUUGCCGAUCGAGCAACGUUUGAAUUGCAACUACUUGGUGGGGAUACAAAUGGAAAAGGCCUACCUGGAAAGUGAAAUUAAGCGGAUCUCGCAGAACCACGAGACGAGCAGGCACCGGGUCAACGAUUUGAGCGCAAUCGAGCAGAUUUUACAUAAUUUACAGUGGGAGAUACACAGUAGCUGUUUAAAAAGUAGUGAAGAAAACUGUAUCGGAAAAUUGCUGGAGAAAAUCAAUUCCGAAGCCCACGAUUUACUCGAGCUGACAAAAAAACAGAAGGAAAAAUACGAGAGCGAAAUGGCGAGACCGAAAAGUCUGGACCCGGAUAAAGUCCUGUUUUUAAUUAAUGUGGCGUUUCGAGGGGAGCAAAUCGGGAAAAACUCCACAGAGGAAGAAAAAAGCUUAUUUCAAGUCAUUAAAAAAGAGGUAGAAGGGCAAAAGAAAAAAAUCAAAGAGGAUUGCGAGCAAGGAAUAAAAGAACAACAAAAGGAGUAUGACAAUUUAAGAGGGAAAUUAAGCCAGAUCAUGUUGGAGACCAGCAGAACCAAACUGGCUAACAGGACGUUAAAAGGGGAAAUUGAGGAGCUGAAACUCGAACAAAAACGCGCAAUGCACCGACUAAAGCAAGAAAAUGACGCAUAUAAAGCUCAGGUGGAAGAUUUACAGGCUAUAAGGGAAGCGUAUGCCCAAUUAGUAGACAGACAACCGAACAUCGGCCAAAUGGAACGGAAUUUUUCGAUCCAGAUUAGUCAAAGGGACGCUCGCAUUUUAGAGCUAGAAAGAGCGGCGGAAAGUAGACAAGAUGAAAUUUGCGCUCUUAAGGCGAAAAUGACGGAUCAGAGCGAUCAGAUCGCGGUACUCAAUCGAUUUAUUAACUUGACCAGACCCAAUAGUCCCAGGGAGGAAACGAACUUGUCGAUAAUUCCUAAGUCGAGUAGCUUAACAUCCAACCCCGCACCACUGGAUGACCAAAUGAAAAAAACUGCAAAAAAGGGCACCAUUGUCAAAUACAAAGCGCUUAGUCCGAGAAGGUAUAAACAGACACGUUCCAGAAAAAAACAAAAACGUAUCGAGAAGAUUUUCUGUGUGAACCAGGAGCAGUUCGAUUGCUACUUGUCCACUAACGAGGAGUACAGCGAUGGCUUGAAAACGGAAAAAUCGUCCAGGUUCAGUCUGGAAAUUACGUAUAAAAACAACGAGAUCAACGACGCCUUUUUGGAGCUGGAUGAGUACGAGAUGUUUAAAGAUGUGUCCAGCGAGUCUCUCGCUUUGGAAACUAGAUAUAAGAAGUGUAGGGGGAUCGAUUGAGUUUUCUGUUCUAGAGGGUCAAAUAGAAGUUGUAUGUGUA